AUGCCUGCGACAGUGAUCGACCUUGCUGUUCUAGAAAUGGAUGGUGUGGAAACACCACUGAUUAUUGCACCGCUGAGGCAGGUUGCCAAUCCGCAUUUGGGACUUGUACUGGUUCCUCGAAUGGCUCCACAAGCAGUACAAGUACACCAGGCACGAGCACGAACGGGCAAUGUGGAGCGACUUUCGGUACUUGCGCAUCGAAUGAGUGUUGUUCGGUUGCUGGAUUCUGCGGCACUGGCCCAGAAUAUUGCAAUGCCCCUGAUUGCCAAUUUAAUUACGGCCCAGCCUGUGACGCCAACAAGGUCCCUUCAGGAACUAACACCUCGUCGAUUCCUCGAGACCAGAUUGGGUCUGUACUUUACGGCUCAGCAGGCAUAUAUGAUUGUGCAAAUGCUGGUGACAUGGCUUUGA